UUCAGUCGUAUAAAGUUUAUCCUUUCCUAUGCAUUUUGCUUCAUUUCUCCGCUAGAUCUUCUCCACAACCCCUCCGAUUUCGCUUCCCGCUCGUUCUUCAGCUCUCUCCUUCAUAAGAUGGGAGUGCUGUCGAAUAAGAUUUCGAGGGAGCAAUUGAAACCGGGGGAUCAUAUCUAUUCUUGGAGGCAGGCCUAUAUUUAUGCUCAUCACGGGGUUUUUGUUGGUGAUGGAAAGGUGAUCCACUUCACUCGUGGAGGAGGCUUGGAGGUUGGCUCUGGAACCGUGUUAGACCGAUUCCUUGUUAGUUCAUCCGUUCAAUCUUCAGACAAUCCAUGUCCUGCAUGUGGUGAUCAGUCAAAUAGUGACGGAGUAAUCUGUUCGUGCUUGGAUUGUUUUCUUGGAGGAGGUGAUCUUUAUGUCUUUGAAUAUGGCGUUACGCCUAUGUUCUUUCUCGCGAAAGCCCGAGGCGGGACUUGCACUCUUGCUAAUUCCGAUUCGUCUGAAGUUGUCCUUCAUCGUGCUUCUUUUCUUCUCCAGAAUGGCUUUGGUAUGUACAACAUCUUCAAGAACAAUUGUGAAGACUUCUCCAUCUAUUGUAAAACAGGAUUGCUUAUUUACACGACCCUCAGCGUGGGUAGGAGCGGGCAGGCUGCAUCGUUUCUUGCUGCCACAAGUGCGAUUGUUUCUUCCCCACUUCGAUUUUUAACCACAAGUUGUAGCGGUCUAGCGGUUGUGGGCGUGGGGAUGUAUUGUGUUAGUCGAUAUGUUUCUGACAUCGGAGUGCGUCGUGAUGUUGUUAAAAUCCCGGUCGAGGAGCUCGUGGCUAGAUUCAGCAGCAGCAGUGAUGCUCCAGAGGAUGCAACACAGAAGGCCAAGCAGGAGUAGUUAUGUUGUUGGCUUCAACUAAACCACAAAAUUGUCUUAGAAGGUGUGAAAAAUUAUUCUUAAUUAUGGACCCGCUUGCUUUAAUUGUAUUUGUAUCCACGUCGUUGAAACAACUGUUUAUUUCCUGUUUAUAUUUUGGACUUGUGACGAUGAUCUUACUGUGUUCAAGUUCGAACCU